AAAAGUUAACUUCAUUCAAGUACUUCAACUUUGUUGAUUUGUGUUGUAAACUUGUUUGUAACUGAAAUUCGUAGGUUCUUUAAUCUAUUAAAGGCUAAAAGUAUAACUGUUUCAUAAAACAUCUUCAAAAUGAGUGUUACUAUAAAGGUCUUGGUGUCCAUUUUUUUGGUUUUAAAUAUUGUGCCUUACGUUUUCAGUAUCAAAUGUUGGAAUUGCCGAUCAAGCAAUGACCCUAAAUGCGCGGACCCCUUCGACAACAGCACAGUGCCAAUAACUGAUUGUAAACAAGAAAGGGGGCUGUCGCAUCUUCCCGGUGUGCGCCCUUCCAUGUGCCGAAAAAUCAGACAAAAAGUGAAUGGGGAAUGGCGUUAUUUCCGUGACUGCGCUUACCUAGGUGAGGUAGGAAUCCAAGGUGAUGAACGAUUCUGCCUUAUGAGAACUGGAACCUACAAUAUUUUCAUAGAAUAUUGCACAUGUAACAGCAAGGACGGAUGCAACUCAUCAACAAUGUUUAGUCCAUUACCAUUCUCCGCCUUCUUAUUGACUGCUGUUGUCCUCAAGUGGUUGUCAUAAUACUAAUGAUUAGAUUAUAAUACAAGUCUGCAUUUAUUUGGUACCUUGAAGCAUGAAAGUGUGAAAAAAAUAGAUCUGAAGAGUUCUCAUGAAAUUAACCAAUUUAUAUUUCUGGUUUACUCAAUUGUUUCUACUCUGCCUCUGGUAACUGUUUAAAUAAAGUAGGUAUUUGCUUUGCAUUUAAAAUAGAAUCUUAAAAGAAAAUGUAGGUUAGCAGGAUAUCAGCUUGUUUAGAUCAUGUUAAAUGUAAAAUCAGUUCUUUUUGUACAAUUGCCGAAAUAUUUUACAGUAGGCUCUUAGUAUAAUAGAAUUGCCUGAGGUAUAAUCAUUUACCAUCUUGUUUCUGUAGGUUUUAUACUGAUAAUGGCCACAAAUUGUUAUUAAGUAUGUAAUUUUGGGGUGUAAUAAUAUUAUAUCUCAAGUUUUUUUUUAAAAGGCCUUUUAUGAAGUAUACUUAUGUUUAUGUUUAAAGGGUCAUUCAAGAGUUGUGAACUGACUGAACAUUUUUUUAUUAAGUUUGUCCCUCUUGCAGCUAGAUAAUUAUGUGCUUUUAAAAGUUCUUUUCUUUGGCAUUUUAAGUUUAAAGUAUGAAACGCUGUUCUGUAUGAACAUAUUUGUUGAAUAAUCAGUAAUUAUCUGUAACACAAAUACUCAUACAGUAAUGGUGUCAUUUGGAUAAUUAUCUAUUCUUGACCUUUUGUUAACUCCAAAACACUUUACAAACAGGAAUUCGUACUCAAUGAUAAUAAUGAUUAGGUACUUUAUGCCCUGUACUAUUUUCAAUAUAAAAGAAAAACAUUUUACAAUCAGUAACAAAACAAAUAUAAUCAUUGUUUAAAGAUUUUAAAAUUUGUACCAUUUCUAUUACUGUAUGCCUUCUGUAAAUAUCACAUGCCUUUAAUCUUUUGGAGGGUUUGAAUCUCAUACGUAAUUUAUAUGCUUUGACACGAAUAUAUAAAUAUGUCACAAAAUUGUGGCAUCUAAUUUACAUUGCCUUAACUUUUCAAUGUAUUGUAAAUUCUGUACCAUAUUUUUUAAGAUUUAUAUUUUAGUUUUUGCUUUUUUUUUUGACGAAACCAAUAGGUUCCGGUAACUUUUAAUACCUGCCUACAUAAGACAUAGGACCUAAUUAACAAUUCAAAUGUACCUACAUGAUCACAAGUUAGAAAAUAAAGUUGUGUAUACAUUUAAUUUGCUAAUAUGUUGGUAUUUUACAAAAUGUAUAUCCAACAACUCAGUGUGUAGUGCCUUGAAUACUUUAAUAGUAUAGUUAUAUGUAAGACUGAAUGCCGUCCCUGUAAAUCUUCAAUUUUUAUAAUGUUGACACAAAUAAAUGAUUUUUUAAUGAAA